ACGGGGCACGUACCCCCUUCCCCUUCCCCGCCCCUCUGCCCCUGCGCCUUAAAAGUAGUGGGGGUAGAUGGCAGAGGCUGUCGUUUGUGAGGUUUGUCGUGUUUGAAGAUGCCUGUAACAGUCACAAGAAAUUUGCAGAAAGCAAGAGGAGGUGUUAUUAGUGUUGUCGAACUAUGUAUUUAAAAUGAAACAGCAUGCCGGAAACAGUAAGCCGCCUCCUGCCCGAAGUGCAAGUUAUGCCCGAGCGCAUGCUGAACAUACAUUCUACCAUAAUCUCCUUCCUAUGGACGUAUCUGACAGUUGCUUCAUGGUGACUUCUGACACUUGUGGUGAUGUAUCACCGUCCCAUGGAGACAAAGCGCAGGGAAAAGUAUCUUCGAAAGACAUAAAUGAAUGCAUUGCAGGAUGGCUGGCCUAUCUUCAGAAUUUGAAUGCCUUGUGUGGCUCUGGCUCCCGCUUAUCUCACUGUCUCGGCUCUCUCCUCCCGCCUGAAAGCCAGUCAGCGUGUGGAGGGCGGGCUACACAGUGCCAAGCGGCAUGGGAUGACCUAACGAAAGUUGUUGCUGCCACAAGCAACAGUAUAUGCUCUCAAGUAGUGCAGGCACUACAAGAGCUGAAUGGCCAGAGCCCAGGAGCUGCUACCAAUGAUGUUGGGCAGGUGCUGGCACCAGCCCAGCAGGCAGCAGUGUGCCAUAGCCUUAUGACAAUGAUUAGUCUGCAGUACCAGUUCUGUAUGGCUUGUUGUGAAUGUUUGGGAAUGAUGGCACCGUGUCAUUGUUGUGUGAGUGGAGACUCUAAUCAGCAAAAAGCCCAUGACCCAGAUUGCAUUCUGACAACGCUUCAGCAUUACUUCAACCGCCUGUAUGUUCCACCGACUCCAACAUCACGCAGCCCUCUUCUCUUCCCUCUGUGGCCACUCCAGAGUCCUCAGAGAAGAUGGUCAGAAGCCGCAGCCCGUGAAACCUCUGGAAUCGGUGAUACUCUCAUGGCUGAAGACGGAGCAAUGAGGCGCUGGUCCAUGCCUUGGGAUUCAUCCGGUCAAAAUGAACAACAUGGUCAGUGGACUGGACGGCUAUAUCCCAAGGAAAACAAGUUGACUGUGCCAGGAGGCAUAGCUUCGCAGGAGAGGAGCCGAUCUACAACACCAGAGUCUCUGUGGCAUUCUUCUUUGGCGAGUCAGGAGGAAUUGUCAGAUGUGAUAUCACUACUAUCAUGCCGGCCUACUCAACCACUACAGCUUCAUCAACCAAGUCAGCAUGUACCCGGUGUUACAUUGACGGGUUGCAGCCAAAACAGCCCUUCCCCAAGUCACCAACCGUCCUGGGUAAGCCCAGUCUCUGGGGGAAGCCCUAAUGAAGAUAGAAUGGGUGUGCUCUCACGCCAUGGGAGUAGUUCACCAGCUGGCCUGGGGAACAGCCCUGGGAGAUUGUCACCACACCAACAUCAAGGACUCCAGCAAGUUCCUCAAAUGCCAUUGCAGCAGCAAACAACCCAGCAGCCUCAUAUUUCAAUGUGGACAGAGCCUAAUUCUACUGGCCCUCUGAAUCAUCCUCCUGAUGCUCCUCGCAAAGGAAGUUCUUCCACGGAUUCAUCAUCCUUGUCCUCGUCUCUCUCCCUGCACAGAAGUUCAACCUCCAGUUCUGAUACUGGAAUGGAGAAUCGGUCUCAUUUGUAUUCUAUGUGGAGUGGUGCAGAUCUUCCUUUCAUCAAAUUACCUGAAAACAACGAGCUUCGGGAACAUCCCUCAAGUGUAAGUCCUCGAGGUAGUCCCAAUAACCAACGCUAUCAGCAAUGAAUUACUGCCCUCAAAAUGAGUGAAAUUAGUGGGCAGGACCCACUUCAAGAUCCUAGUAAUGGGCAGGCCCCAAAUACAUCAACACACUUUUAUAUUCCCCUUUUGAAGUUUUGCUUUCCAUUUGUGGAUAAACUAGAAAAUGUUGCCUGUUUUGUAGUCUGCAAAUAGAAAUCAUUCAUUUAGUAUGACAAUUUGGCGAGUUUUGUCUGUGACUGAAUCAUAAUUUACUCAAGGGAAGAUGACCAUCCAAGAGUUUUCUAAUCUUGAAGGUUGUCUCCUGUUACAAUCUUUUUCCUUUUUUUUUUUGUUUUGUCUAUUUCUUGUUACUUUCUGUUUUUUCUCUCAUGUAAUAGUUUGCAUUACAAUCAAAUAAGUAAGGUUUACAACCUUUGAAUUCGUGUGGGCUGGUCCCACAAAUGCGGUGUGCAAUAAACUUUUGUACUUAGCUUUUAUCUCUUGACAAAAUACUUAAAUAUACAGUAUUUAAAGUUAAAGAUUUUUUGUCUGUUUUUUUUUUUUUUUAAUAUAUAUGUGUAUGUAUAGUUUAUGAAUGUCUGUAUAGCCAGAUGGUUAUAUUUAUCUUGUCAGGAACUGCAGAUGGAGUACAAUUUUUGUUCACUCUCAGCUGACCACUUCAGUAGGCUUGAGGUCUGAAGUGCUGAGGGCAAGACUGUACCCUCCAGGGUAACUAGUUUAUUGCUCUGAUCUCUAUGUACUUUUUUCAAUCAAGGUACUGCUCAGUAUGAAGCAAUCGUGUACAUGUGAAGUUGAAAUCUGCCACUGAAAAUACCUACCAUUUUUAGGGUACUGUCUGAAUUGUGACUUAUGGAUCUCACCAAUGUUUUUUUUUUCUUUUCUUUUGGGUGUGUGUUUGUGUGUCUGUUUGGAGGAAGUAUUUGUGCCAUAUUAUGUUGGAAUCAAUCUAAGGUGCUUUGCCUGUAAUUAAUCGAUAAUGUCUUAUGGAGGUUCUACUCAUUUUUUUACUUAAUUUGCUUCUAGCAAAGCUCUAAAGCCUAAUAUCUUUUCUGUUUUGGUGCUUCAAAACCAUUGUGAUUUAUCACUAAUAACAAACCUAUGGCUUUGUCCCCACUUUGUUAACAGCCCUUAGGGAAAAAAAUCAGGAAGGAGGAAGUGAACCCAUUGCUUUGGUUACCUAUCACUUAAGGCUAAGUUUUGCUGCAGUUUUAAUAGUCACAGGUCUUACACUACCAAUUUUAUGUGCCCUCUUAAAAAACAUGUGCUCUAUAAGGCAACAGAGGCUUUAGAAAUUACCUUCAAAAUCCAAUGACCAUUCUUCAACUCUAAGUUAGGGAAUUUAAAUUGUUUUCAAUGCUAUUAAAACUAAUUGCACUUUUGCAAGUAUAGCUCUUUUAACAAGUAAACAAAAAUGUAAGUUUUGGUCUACUAGAGUGCCUUUAGCAACAGGUUAUUCUUCCUUCUUUAAUCUAAAUAUUUUAAAAGAGGCAAUUUUCAUUAUAAAUUACUGAAACUUGUAACGGUAUGAUAUCUGUUGGCAGAUUUGAUCAUUAGUAUUGCAUUCUCAGAAACUGCUGAGGUUAAACUAUAUAAUGCACUUCUCAUGUUUAUAUGUUACUUAAUUUCAACAAAACAAAGCUUACAAUACUCUAGUCUUCAUCACAUUGUACGCACAUGUUCAUACCUAGAUUUAAACUCUUCUAUCUACUAUAUAGGUGUUUUUGUGUUCCUAAGUAUGUUUGCUUGUACUCAUAGUUGUUCUUUUGGUUGCGUAUCUAGUAUGUCAGUCUUGUAUCCAAUAGUGUCCUUCCUUUUCCUCCUGCCUGCAUUUGGAACAAUGCAUGACAAAUAGUUUUUGUUUGUUUAAAAUUUUAUUUGUAUUUUGGUUUUUUGAUGCUCUGGAGCUUUGAAGUGAAAGAAUUAUUGCUUUGGAGUCCAAUUGGACAACAACAUGUGUGACGUAUAAAACAACCCAAACGUUUUUGCUAAUAGAAGCAACUUCAAUGUAACUAUUUCAAAAAUAUUUGUCUCCAUUUUGGUUUAGAAGCAGUUUUACCAAUUAUCCGCUGUCUGUUCUUACAAGCCAUGCAUUUAGUCAGUUACUGGUUUUGUUUGAUUUCAAAUAGAUUUUUUAAAAAUGCCCUCCUGAAAUGAACUACAGAAAUCUGGGUCUAUGUUACCUUUUUUGGCAUCUUAUCUUAUCUUAUUAUUGACCUAGCACUAAAAUCAAAAUGACAAAUACUUUGGCUGUGACCGCAGGGUUCUUUCACGGUUCACCUCUGUGAAGGCAGGCUGUUCUGACCCAUGGUCUGGGGCAAAUUGUCGGAUCCAGAUUAAAGUCUUAGUAAAUAAGCUGCGACUAGCACGUCUUUUAGGACUCUAAUCUGGACCAGAAGUGACUUCUGAAUCUGUCCAGAGAAAGGUGGUGGGAGUGGGUGUCCACUGCACACUGCAAAAUGUUUCCUACAUUAAAGGUACUGUGUUAGCAUUCUGUGCUCGACUAGGACUUAAAUUGGCAGUACUACCUUUCGUCUGAGGUAUUUAAGCUUCUUUGUUUAGAUGACUUUUUGAUUACCACUAGCCCAAAAUACUUGAGAAGUGGAAUAAUUCCCAGAACAUCGCCUAAACAACUGUAUCCCAACUCGGAUUUUUUUUUUUUGUAACCAUUCUGUUGUGAUUUUCUUCUUUUUUUUCAUUGAGGUUGAGGUGUGAAAAUUAAAGUACAUGGACUGAUACAAGUGUGCAAAGUGUUUGUCAUAUUGUUCUGUAAAAUUGGCAAAAAAAAAUGCUCCUGUGGAACAAAAUCAUUGAUAAAUAUUCCUGAAGAGUUA